CCAAAUUAACUCCAAGAAAUGUCCCGCAAAUCGGGAUCUGUAUGGAUAUUACGAAAUUCACCCGAACUCAUGAGUUGGUUAGCAUUUUGGAUGCUUAAUUUUAUUGUGUCAAGCCAAACGCGGCAGUUAACGUUAGCGCGGGAAACGAGCACGCGCGCCUUCAUUUAAUUUUCCCGCCAUUAAUGACGUGCGUCAAUAUAAUUUUCAAUAUAGUUUCUACUCUAACGGACUGUAAUAAAAGUGCCUAAUUUAAAAAGAUUAUUGUUUUUGUGUAAAAAAGUGUUUUAUUAAUUACAUACUAUAGUCAUAAUAAUUAAUUCUUCAAUCGGCCACCAUGAAUAAAAAGUCACAUAAGAAGAAGCAAAAGAAACGAGGUAAAAACGAAGUUCGCAAUAAGGAAAACGUAAUAGAAGUGAAAGAAGAUGUGAAAGUAAAGGAAGACAUCGAAAAUGAGAAAGAUGGAGAGAACGUCAAGGAGGAGAAGAAACUCUGUUAUGAAAUCAGACACUCUGAUGUCAUGGGGCGUUACAUAGUAGCGAGCCGCGACAUAAAGGCCGGAGAGGUGAUCAUAGAGGCUCCAGCGCUCGCCGUGGGCCCCUGCAGCGGCUGCAACGUCAUCUGCCUCGGCUGCUACCGCGAGCUGGAUGAGAAGAACUUGUCCAAAUGUGCUGGGUGCAAUUGGCCACUCUGCUGCAGCACUUGCCCCGGGCUAGGCAACUACACCGGCCACUCCACGUAUGAAUGCGAAGCGCUCAAGAAUGCAAAGCCGAAUUAUGACAAUAUGGAAGAUCUCAAGGAUUCUUAUAAUGCUCUCAUGCCAUUGAGAUGCUUGCUGCAAAAGUCCGCGGAUCCCGAGAAGUGGGAGGAGAUGAUGACGAUGGAGGCCCACAACGAGCUGCGGCGCGCGCGGGGCGACAUCUUCCCCAUGAACGAGCGCACCGUGCUGCAGCGGCUGAAGGCCUGGGGCUUCCAGUUCGAUGAUGAGCUGGUGCAUACUGUGUGUGGGGUGUUGGAGGUGAACGCGUUCGAGGUGGGCGGCAGCGGCGCGAGCGCGCGCGCGCUGUACGGCGGCGCGAGCCUGCUGGCGCACGACUGCACGCCCAGCAGCACGCACACGGACGCGGAGCGCGCGCCCGCCCGCCCGCUCACCGUGCGCGCCGCGCUGCCGCACCGCGCCGGCGACACCGUCACGCUCUGCUACGCCUACACGCUGCAGGGCACGCUGAAGCGGCGCGAGCACAUCCGCCUGAGCAAGUUCUUCGAGUGCGCGUGCGCGCGCUGCCGCGACCCCACGGAGCUGGGCACGCUCGCCAGCGCGCUGCGCUGCCCGCGCUGCGGCGGCCGCGUGCUCAGCGCCGCGCCGCUGCAGCCCGCCGCGCGCUGGCGCUGCGACGCCUGCGCCUACGCCGUCGCCGCGCCCGCCGUGCUCGCCACGCUCAACAGACUGACCGAGGAGCUGGAGCAGAUAGACGCGAACGACGUGGAGGGCUACGAGCGGUUCCUCAGCAAGUACCAGUCGACGCUGCACGCGAACCACUACCUGCGGCUGUCGGCGCUGCACUCGCUCAGCCAGCUGUACGGCAAGCUGGCGCGCUACAUGAUCCACGAGCUGCCCGAGCGGCUGCUGCGCCGCAAGCUGGACAUCUGCCGCGACCUCAUGCGCGUCUUCGACGUCAUCGAGCCGGGCUACUCGCGCCUCCGCGGUAUCACUCUGUACGAACUGCACGCGCCCCUGAUGGUGCUCACCACCAGGGAAUUUGAAAAGAAAGCCAUCUCCAAGGAAAACCUCAGGAAUAGGUUAAAAGAGAUUGUAAGUUAUUUAACAGAAUCCGCUUUAAUUCUCGGCUUCGAGCCGAGCCAGUCUCCCGAAGGUCUGAUGGCGUCUGCCGCGAGAGACGCGCUGAAGAAAAUCAAAACUUGGGAACAAAUUAUUGGGAAAAUCUCAUAAUGUAUGGAGGAAUGUUCCAGAAUUAUGCCGCGUGUCCACUGAGAACAUUAUAAUGCAAUAACGUCUAUACUCGAUGCCCGGCCUUGUUUGUGAUAUUAACAUAAAUUUUCGUUGUUUUUGUUUCAUAAAUAAUAGAUAUUCUGUAUUGGUAUGUGUUUUUAUCUCAAAAAUAGUGAAGAAAUUAGAAAAAUAACACGCAUUCUUAUAUUCUAGUAUUAAUAAUAGAGUACGAGCCCGCGACGCCCAGACUUUCGGUACAUUAUAAAAACUCUUCUAUAUAUGUCCCCUAUACAGGUAUAAGCAAACCCAGCCUAUACAACCUGGGUCGCGGUGGUUUAGACCAUAAAUAUAUAUGUAUACAUUCACUUAAUAUAUUCUACACGUUAAAUUAUAAAUGUUGUUAGUUUUUAAAACUUGUUUAUCCACUUAUAAGUCUACGAACACUUGUGGAAUACGUACCUACCUACUUGCCUAUAUUUUCAUUGUCAUUUUGAAAGUAAAAUAAUCAUUCAGCAUUUAUAAGCAAAAAAAAAA